AUGUCAUCAUCAAUAUUAACAAAUAUUCAAAAUCAACUUAGUUUAUAUGGAUAUCCAAUUUGUUUGAUAUUAGGAAAUAUUGGUAAUAUAUUUAUUGUUAUGGUUUUUAUUCGACAACGUCAAAAUGCCUGUACAAUAUAUAUAUUAACUUCAGCUAUAAUGAGUGAUCUUUAUGUAAAUUUUAAUGGUUUUGUUCAAUUAUUUCCAUUUUAUUAUCGUGAUGAAACACCAUUUGAAUUUUUUUUAUGUAAAAUGCGUCCAUAUUUAACAAAUAUUCUUGGUCAAUUAGGUAAUACAAUGCUUAUUUUAGCUUCUAUUGAUCGCUACAUGAUAUCACAUAGAAAUGCUACUAUUCGAUCAUUAAGUACACCUAAAAGAGCAAAAUGGCUUAUUUUUUUUGCUAUUAUUUUUUGGUUAAUUAAUUGUAUUCAUAUACCAAUAAUGCAAACAAUAAUUAAUGGAAGAUGUACUACAUAUGGUAUUUAUACAACAAUUUUUUCAAUUUAUUCAAUAAUAUUUGUUGGUUUAAUUCCACCUACUUUAUUGAUUAUAUUUGGUAGUUUAACUUAUCAUAAUAUGAAAAAAAGACAUAUUCGUAUUCAACCAAUUUCAAAUAAUAUAAAUGAUCAACAUAUUUCAAUUCAACGACGAGAUAAAGAUUUAUUCAUUAUUGUUUUAUGUGAAGCAUUACUUUAUAUAAUAACAACAACUUUAUUUCCAUUAAUGCUUUUAGAAUCAAUGAUUAGUCAAUAUAUAAUAAUAAAUAAAAGUGUUCAACAUUUACAAAUUGAAAGUUUUUUAUUUAGUAUUGUAUUUAUAUUAUUACUUUUGAAUAGUUCAUUACCUUUUUAUAUUUAUUUAAUUGGAUCAAAAUCAUUUCGUAGAGAUUUUAAACAAUUAUUUAUAGAUGGUUAUCAAAAAUUAAAAAGACAACAAAUUGUUCAAAUUGCUUUAAGAAUAUAA